CCUUCAUCAAAAAAAUAUUCUCAUUGUAUUCUCGUUUUCGAAGGAAAACAUUUGGAGGUGUAAACCUAUUUAUUCACCAACGAGGUCGUCCUCAUUGAAGCCCUUUAAUUUUAUAUUUACUUGCGAAUAUGAAGAAAUAUAAUAACGCCCAUUCACCUGUACACAACGGUACAGGUCAAUGUCGAAUGGCAACUUGAAUACGCGAGGAAAAGGGAAAGUUACGCCACCCUUUUUCUUAUCCAGCUGGAUUUAGACUGUGUCACGUCAGUCACUUUUAUUCAGAAACAAUCCACACACAUAUUUUCAAUCGGAUUCUAACAUUCACGACGCGACGAAGAAAGUGAAAGUUAAUCUCAUUGCAAACGGCAAAGAAAAUUUGCAUCAGCUGCUAGUAUACAGUUUCAUUUUUUCCAUUAGUUUUCGACUGGUGACCACGAAAAAACUUGCAUAUAUUUUGUGUUUUUCAGAGAUCCCGUUUGGCGGUCACCGUCUGUUGCGUCCUCCGAUCAGAUUGUUAAGUUUUUCACCAAUCCUCGUGAGUCAUACGCCCACGGUCAUCAAAAAGCACUUAAAGAAAAUGAAGAAAUUACAGCACCCACAUGUGCUUUUUAGAUGCCUAGUGGAAUUUCUCAAUUGCUCUCGACAUCAACGAGUGGACGUGCACGUCCAGGCGUCAGUUGAUUUCCGACCGGGCUUGCCGACGGGUCGGCCAUGCCAAUAGUUGCCAAAAAAUGACGAAACGUAACCACAUUAUUGGCAUCAUCCUAGUGAAUGUGAUUUGCUGUUUUGUGGCAUUUCUUACGGCGGUCGAUUGCCUUCCUCAGCAGCCAAAUUCUCGACGCAAGGCAAUCGUCCUUCGUAGUUUACAGCAAGUUUCGUCAUCCGCCAAUAAUUCGCUAUUGAACGGCCACGAUACGGAUGCUAUUCUCCCGGUUGGAGAAGCUUUCAAUCUUUUUCAGAGCUACGGUUUAUUAGCAUUCAAUAUCAACGUGGCACCGUUGAUCCUCGUAUCAGCUCCAAGCAGCCGGGCAAUCGCCAAUGCAAACGGCUCACCGACGCAGCCUUUUUCGCUGCCGUUGUUCCAGAUGACGACGCAUCCAGUUUUGGAUCAGAAGCUCUACAUCCCAGAGAACAGCCGUCCUCACAUGAAUAAUGCCAGAGGGCACCAACAGCUGAUGGAGGUGAUGGAUCGCUCCGUUCGACUUCACCUAUGUCGUACUACCGAAGAUUUAAUGAUUCGAUUUCUGUCUGGUUUCACUGUUGACGGAUUGUCAAAACCCUGGUGGGCAUUUGCUGCCGCCUGGAAGAAGCACGUCAUUCCUAGAAUUUACGGCGUUCCACCUAGUUACCUGAAUGAUGACAAUGUCUUCCUCUUGGUCCGAAUUGAGAAGCGUUCUAUUGUAGGAUCAAUUAAUGGUUCCAUGCUACUAGAACCCGAUUUGAUGGCCAAGUUACCCUCUCCUAGUGUACCAGAUAUCAGCGGAAAAGUAGACACUGGAACAGAUGCUAGUAGCAAACAGUGGCGUUCGGCUGUCGAAUUUUUCCUGCAAUUUGGAACGCACAUUAUUACCGACUACUCGGUUGGAGAUGCUUUGUUCCAGGUAAUUGUCUACAACGCUUCAUCGCUGCCAUUAUUAUCCGAAAAAAUGGUCCAGCUGCGAGCUGAACAAUUCAAUCCGGUGAACGCUACUAAAUUCGACUGGAACAAAUUGCUGCUUAGCCAUCCAACGCCAGUCCAUGUAGGAAAAUUACAGUUGAUCAGUGGCAACCGGACGCUAAUCAAUUGGCUGGAACCACGAUUGGCUGUAAGCACGUUGCCCGAAACAAUUCCUUCAAGCAUUCGCCUUUUGGGAGCACCAGUCCUAUUUAAUCUUUUUUAUCGUCAAAUGCAGCCGCGAGCCGUUUUGAGCAUGAAUAUGGCAACAAUAACGAAAGCAAUACCGGACGUGUCUCUACGCAAAUGGCUCAACGACAUUUUGUUAAAUCUGCUCCGAAUGUGGGAGUACAACAUGUGAUAUACUAAACUACAAUCGAUGUCGUCGUGUAAAAGUUUUUUUUUUUUUUUUUGACGUAGUGAAUGAUGUCGGAAGCGCGCAUCAAUAAACGCAAACAUCUGUCGUGAGUCCAUUA